AUGAAAGAAGAAGAUAAUAAAGUUAAAUUAAUUAUAUAUGAAUUUAAUCAAUGUGAUCCUAAGAAAUGUUCUGGACAUAGAUUGGUUAAAUUUAAUAAAGUAAAACCAAUCUCUAUUAAAUCUAGAUUUAACGGUAUAAUGUUAUCCCCAGAAGCUGAUAAGUUUAUUUCAAAAGAAGAUUUAAAUUUAAUUAAAAAAUUUGGAUUAGGAACAAUUGAUUGUAGUUGGAAUAAGAUAGAUGAAUUUAAUUUUAAAAGUCUUAAAUCAAUUAAAAGUAGAGAAAGACACUUGCCAUUUUUAUACGCUGGUAACACUAUUAAUUACGGAAAACCAUAUAAAUUAAAUUGUUUAGAAGCUUAUGCUAGUGCCUUGUAUAUACUCGGAUUUAAAGAACAAUCAAUUGAUUUAUUUGAAGGAUUUUCAUACGUUAAAGGAUUUUUUAAUUUUAAUAAAGAAUUAUUAGAGAAAUAUUCAAAUUGUGAAACAAAUGAGGAAAUUAAAAAAACACAGGAAGAAAUUUUAAAAAAUAAAUAA